GGUCCUGCUCCGGUAAAGCUACGCACUAACUUGCCCAUUGCUGGGUGGGUUAGAGAUAAUGGCCUGGGAGCGAGAGCAGGCGCUGCCCAAAAUCAGACUUUAUGCAAGUGGAAAUGGUAUUUACAAGCCAGAGCACACUUUGAAGGCAAAGACACGAGUGCCUUACAAGGGGCUAUGGCCGGAGCUGUGAUUUAUGAGGAUCCAGAGGACAUACCACCUGUUGUGCCUGUAGUGGAGUCGCCCUUUAAAGAAGCCCCAGCAUACAGUCAUUUGACACCAGUGCAACAGGAGAACAGCUGGUUCACAGACGGGUCAGCAACUGUGGAAGGAGGUACAAGGCUUUGGAGAGCAGUGUCUUAUCAACCUCACACUGAGACCAUCCUGAAGCAACAGGGGGAAGGUAAAUCAAGCCAGUGGGCUGAACUUAUUGCCGUCGCUAUGGCAUUAACAGAAAAUCAAAGCUUCCCUGUUGUUGUUUAUACUGAUAGCUGGGCAGUUUUUCAAGGACUAAAAGUGUGGAUCACAAUGUGGAGAAGGGCUGCUUGGACUAUUCAUGGGAGAGAACUUUGGGGUGGCACAGAACUGUGGGAGCAGCUUUGGACAAUGGGCACAAGAGGGGCAACUCUCAUUGGUCAUGUAGAUGCCCAUGACCCUAUGAUAUCCCUUGAGAGGCUUUAUAACCAACAAGCUGAUCUAAUAGCUGCGGUUCGAAAAAAAAUCAACCCGAAAGAAGCCUCUGUAGCAAAUGAAGACCUGUGCCCCUAUGCUGCAGUAAAUGUAAUCGAGCCUUCCUUAAUAUCAUUAGCAAG